GAGUGUCUGUGUAUGUGAGUGUGUGUGUGUGAGUGUCUGUCUGUGUGUGUCUGUCUGUGUGUGUCUGUGUGUGUGUGUGAGUGUCUGUCUGUCUGUGUGUGUGUGUGUGUGUGUGUGUGUGAGUGUCUGUCUGUCUGUCUGUCUGUGUGUGUCUGUCUGUCUGUCUGUGUGUGUCUGUCUGUCUGUCUGUGUCUGUGUGUCUGUGUGUGUGUGUGUGUGAGUGUCGGUGCCGAUGCUGCCCCCGCAGUGUGGGGAGUGCUCGGUGUCGGGGACGAUGCAGUCCGGGUCCGGGUCGGGGCAGAGGGACACCACAUUCACUAAGAUCUUCGUGGGGGGACUUCCCUACAGCACCACUCACUCCUCCCUCCGCAGCUACUUCCAGGGCUUCGGCGACAUCGAGGAGGCGGUGGUCAUCAACGACCGACAAACCGGAAAGUCCCGCGGCUAUGGCUUUGUAA